CGCUUAUCAGGGGGCUCACUUGGAAGACACAAAUUGCUAAAAUCCCACUCGGUGCUUUACCGCAAGCCACAAGCGACUGCUGUCUCCAUAUAUAAUCGCCUCGCCCCACUGAGCUGAGCUAUUAGUCGCACCGAGAAAGCUUCACCGAGCACAUCAUGAAAUUCAUCGCACUCUGCUUCUUUCUGCUGUUGGCUCUGAUCGCGACGCUCGGCAGUCUGCCCGGCGCAGUGGCAGAACCAUCUCGUGACAGUGGCGGCAACAGCUGGCGGGGCGGCUCCUCGGGCACCCAGCCAAAGCAACGGCCCUUCAUCUACGAUGCGCCCAUACGACAACCUGGUCGGCCCCAGACUAGGUACGCCUAAA